AUGACUAUUACUGUAACCUUUAUAAGGCAUGGAGAAUCUGAGGAUAAUUUGAAAGGAAUAUGGGCUGGAUGGAAAGAUGCUCCGCUGUCAGACCUCGGCAAAAAGCAAGCAGCAGCAGCAGCAGAAUUUUUUUCAAACACGAAAUUUGACACCAUCUAUGCAUCUCCCCUUUUACGAGCAAACACCACUGCUCAAGCAAUUCACGGCCGUCAACAGGCACCUUUCCCCUCGUUUAUUGUCACUCCAAACAUUCGCGAACAGCACUUUGGUGUCGCUGAAGGCACUUCUUUCGCAUACAUACCUACAGAACAUGAUACCUUAGACGAACUCUUUGCUCAAGGAAUCUAUCCCGUACUUUACCACCGGGAUGAAAAGUUUCCUGGUGCAGAAAGUCUCAACGAUUUAGCAUUGAGAGCCGAGAAAGCAAUCAUGGAAUGUGUUAUCCCACAUCUCCAGUCUGAAGAGGUUGCCCACAUUGCAAUGGUCAGUCAUGGACUCUGCAUCAGUGAGCUCAUUGCAGCUCUAUUACGUUUGGACCCGGAUUCUCGUCGCGACACGUCAUACAAAGGCCUCCUGAAUACUGCUUGGACCCGCGCAACAGUAUCGAUCAAAGAGGUCGCAAAUUUUUCAGAAGGACUUCCACCUUUAGAUGUUCAGGUCACCCAUGUCAAUGUGGCAGGCCAUUUGGAUGGUAUUACACCCUUCACUUCAGACUCAACUAGUGAGAAUUCGGAAGCACGUAAAUUUUUUGGUGGAGGUGGUGCGCUAUCCGACGAGAGGCAGAAAAUGUAG